AUGGCGAAUACUCAACAUAUUCAACAGCCCUCGCUCAAGUCCUUCAUUCUCAAUGUCACACAGCUGAUCAUGGUCUGCGGACAAGGGCUCCUACUCCUGAGUGCUCCCGUGGCAAAUGCCCGUGCCCCAGGAGCAAGAAGAUUACCCAGGUCAUAUACGGAUCUCAAAAUACCCUUCAAACCGCCGUCGUCGCCCUCUUUUCUAUCAUUACCCGACAUCAACACUGCCAGCACAUCCAACCCAGCUAGACGCUUUGAUUACUGCGCGAUGGCCGCGGAAGAGUCCAAUGCCAACAACGGUACUAUCCCUUACAAGGCCGCCAAAGGAUGCUACGAGAUGUUUGACUUUGACCCCAAGGUCAGAGACCAGACUGUUCAAAGUGUCCGAGCCAACCUGGAGUCGUUCUACGUCUUUUACGACAUUGCAAUGGACGACUACAGCUUCCAUGCCGCAUUGGCAACACAGAUCUCUCAACUGCAGGACCCACACACGACCUACAAGAGCAUGUGCUACCAACAGUUCCUGUUCAUCCAACCCCUUUCAACUUACGGUGUCUACGAGGACGGACGGAACCAGGUCAAGGUCGCCACGGUCCUUAACAAACUCGAUCCUCGCCUCACUACAUCGCUGGUCGAUUGUGAAGUUACUCAUAUCGACGAUCAACCAGCAUUCGAUGUGGUGACCAAGUUUGCAGCAACAAAGUCAUACUCCAAGGAUCGAGGUGUUCGUCUCAACAAAGCAUUCUCGUAUCUCGCCCACGACAGGACAGGAAGCGCCUAUGAUCGAUACGCACUCGGCACCUUUGCCCAGCGCACAAAAGUCCCCCCCAACGCCACAAUCGAAUACAAGAUCGACUGCAGCGCCAAACGAUCCAAAUCUACCCCCGAGGAAAAGCCCAUCCAAACAACCAUGGUCCUCGCCUGGUCUGCACUCGACGCCACCAUGCUCCCUUACGACGACGCCCCCUCAUACCGCCGCCAGUUCUGUUCCCAAGACUCGAUCCAGACCGUCAAGAAGUUUGUCCUCGACUCUGCCAAUGCUGACGAUUUCGGAUCCGUCAAGACUGAGCUCCACAACGGCCGUAAAAAAUCGAGGGAGCUCUACCGCGGGUCUUAUGCGUCGUUCCACAUGCUGAGCGACGGUAUCACGGCUGUUUUUCGACUCGGGACUGAAUCGCCCAACAAGCAGGGGAACUACAAGGCGAGAUUGGGAUUUUAUAAGAACAUCGACAAUGGGUUUGCUGCGAUGGAGGCUGCGGGAGCGAAGAAGUUGAUCAUUGAUCUUCAGAACAACUCUGGUGGUAUUAUUUGCUGGGGCCGCUAUGUUCUCCAGACGCUCUUCCCCAACACCGUCGAUUCGCCUUACAUCUAUAGCCUCCGCGCCUCGCCCCUUGCUCAAGUACUGGCCAAAGCAACCUUCUUGUACGAACAGGACAUGGCUUCACCCUAUGCGGGUCUCGUCGAUCCAGCGACAGGCGAGGAGGUGACGGACGAUUCGUGGAUGAACCCAGGUGAUAAGCUACAGGGGCGCGAGGGGACGUUUAGCAAGAAGGUCACCGAUAGGUUCUGUGUUGCUGUGGAUGAUAUCAAGGGUGCAGCAGACGAGGCUUUAUUCGAACCAGAGGACAUGUUGAUUCUGACGAACGGUUAUUGUGGAUCGACAUGUGCGGUUCUGGCGCUGCAGCUUCACGAACGCUAUGGAGUGCGGACAGUCGCUGUUGGUGGUCAUCACGGACAGUCCAUGGCGUUCACAUCCUUCCCCGGCGGCGCUGUUCAAGCCAACAACACUCUUUGGGUCCAGCGUGUCCAAAAGGUGUUCAAUUCCAUGCCGAUCCUUGACCGGGACCCACUGCUCGAACCUCUUCUACCACAGUCCCUCCCUGCCAACGGUCAAUUGGCAUUCACUCUCCGCCAGAUCAUGAGUGCAAGCAACGAGGCUCAGGUGUCAGAGUACAUGCGUAUCCCGAGUGAGUUCCGGAUGGAUUACACUUCCGCACGCUUCCGCAUGCCGUCUGUUCUUUGGGAGGAUGUUCGGGAGGAGGUCUGGGGGAUGCCAGGUUCGUCAGAGUCGACUGAGGACGAGACUGAGGACGAAAAGUCGUCGGUACCCAAGGAGAUGAUCGAAGAAGGAGAGGAUCCCACAGGACAAGACCAAGGGGAAGGCGAGGUUGGUGAAGAAGAGGAUGAUGAACUUGAGCGUGGCGCCGAAGAGGCCGACCGCGAGGACCUUGAAUGGUUGCAAGGGUUUGAAUCUCAGUCCAAGUGA